CAUGACUACGUGAAUAGCGGUUUUUGUGGCACUCUCGCUGCGGCAGCUCCCGGGGAAACUAGACGCUCGUGAAGGGUAUCCUAAAAACUCAUUCAUUUUCCUCGUACGCGCGGUGCCGGAGUUUUGUUCUUUCAACGUUACGAAUAUGGGUAGCACGUACGGCGAUCGCGUACGCGCACGUACAGCUGCGAUUUGGUCACACAGACAGAGCAAAAUGGCGGAGAUAAAACAAACAAGAAAAUCAAGUAUCUUCCAUAAGGGUAUAAACAGAACGAAAGAAAAGGUCCUUCAGAAGCUGGGCAAAGCAGACGAGACGAGAGAUGAACUGUUUGAGCACUAUGUACAGAAUUUCACUUCACAACAAGCUGCUGCUAACAGAUUGUUCAAAGAACUCAAGAACUAUGUGACGUGUGUUAAAGCGAUGAGUCAAGCAAGCAAAGCCCUCUUUGAAGCUAUGGAGUCGACGUAUGAAUCAGAGUGGCAGGGACAGGAACAACUGGCUAGUGUGAGAGAGACUCUAGACCUACUGUGGGACGACUACCAGAGGAAAUUAAUUGACCAGAUUAUGAACCCCCUCGUGUCCUAUCAAGCAAAGUUUCCGGAAGUGAAGAAACGGAUGGAGAAGAGAGGCAGGAAAUUAAUAGAUUACGACAGUGCAAGGCACAAUCUCGAGGCUUCCAAGAAGAAAGACGAUCAAAAAUAUAUCAAGACGCAAGAGGCAUACAACGAAGCAAGGAAGAUGUACGAGGAGCUCAACUCAGACCUCCACGAAGAGCUACCCACGUUAUAUGACAGUCGCAUUCCGUUCUACGCCAACACCUUCCAGCUCUUGUCAGCAGCAGAGUCAACAUUCUAUGAUGAAGUAGGCAAGGCCAAGGGAUCAGUGAGCAGCAUUAUGGGUGAUCUCUAUCAGGAGGCAUCAGUGGGAAAAUAUGACAUCAGAAAAAGCAUACCUGAGCUGCUACGUCAAAGCAACAACACGUCCACACCUCCCUCCACCAUCUCAACCCCUAUCACCCAGUCGGCGGCCUCGAGGGAUUCCCCCAACCAGAGCCCCGUCUACUCUGUCCCACCCGCCAGGCGGGACCUGCCGGAGGAAAGGGAAGAGGAGGACGAGGAGGAGGACGACGACGACCAGACGGCCGAGUACCAGGUUCCUCGGUCAACUCCAGUUGAGCCUAAUAAAAACCCAGCAGCAGACACGACGACACACAACGGCACAUCUCCUUCCUCUCCACCACCUCAAACUAACGGCAGUAAUCUACCAUCAGGCGUACUAUAUAGAGCAAAAGCAACACAUGAUUACCAACCGAGAGACUCUGAUGAAUUGACGCUGACUAAAGGAGACAUUGUAUGUGUUAUACCAUUUGAAGACCCAGAAGACCAGGAUGAAGGCUGGUUAAUGGGGUACAAAGAGACCACGGGAGAUAGAGGCGUCUUUCCUGAGAACUUCACUUCAAAAUGCUGAUGGCUGUGAUCAUGGCACCCAUUCUCUUUCUUAGUUCACAUUGCAUCAUCGGAGGGAUUUACACUGACCUGAACAAAAGGGCACUGAUGUUGUAAAUUCUUCAACAACAAAUAUACAAAAUUGAUGGCAAAUUUGCUCUUGGCCAAUCUACUGUAUGAGGUCUCAGUCAUGCAUAAAGCCUUGCAUAACACUAAGAGCUUGAUGAAACGGCCACAGGCGGGUGUUUCAUAAACCUGUUCGUAAGUUACGAGCAACUUUAUGAAUGUCUGGUGACCCUUUCUUCGGAACUAGAUCAAAACCUAUUAAAUUUGGUGUGUAUCAUUGAGACAAGAAAGGGUCACCAGUCGUUUGUAAAGUCGCUUGUAAACAGCUUUUAUGAAACACCCACCUAGUUAGCAUUGUAAGUGAUAACUGUUUAGCAGUUCAUAUGUUUGUUUCGAGCUGUACAGUGUAGUUUUGUCCAAAAGGUGAAAGGCACUCACCAGUGCAGUGAAUAAUCCUCAUUAAGGUAUACGCAGGACUUCAUUACCAACACGACUGCCACCUCAGAAUGUUGGUGGUGUUAACUAUAUACUGGGGUUCAUGAAGGUGUUUUCAGAAUUACAAGUGACUCUAUGAAUAAAUGAAGUGCUCAAACGCGAGUCCAUGGACUUUUUAUAAAAGUCUAUUUUUUUUUCAUGAUCUUUUUAAAAGUUUGACAAACGAUAUACGCUGCAUAUAUUGUUAAUAUUAUAAAUGUUGGUCAUCAUGAGCAUAUUUCAAUUUUAGCUUACAGGAUUAAAUGUGUUCGGAUAUCCACCUGGCACUAAAUAUUCUGCUCCUCUUGAAAGUCUUUUGUAACUUUGCAAACAGCUUCAAGAAGGAUUUCCUUCAGGCCGUUUCAUAAGUUAUGAACUAGUUUGCAUGACUGGUGACCCCAUUCUUGUGCUAAUGCAGGGGCCACAGAACGGUUUUCUGCGGCCCCUGAAUGGAUGUAUCCUUUUAUAGCCGACAUUAUGACCUAAGAACAUGUUCCAGUUGUGUGUAAAGUCACGCGUAACUUUUAAUACAAAGAAUUUUAUGAAAAUAUUGAUUAUCAUGUUGGCCUUGUAUCAAAGCAUGCAUAAAAAAGGAAUUUUUUUGAGGGGGGAAAGAUUUCUUCUUUGAGAGAAUGUGGUGGAGUGAUUAGAUAUUAUUACACUAAAUUUUUAUUGCUGUUAUUUAAAAUAGUUCAAAGGCAAUAGGCUCUUGUAUAUCAACUAGUGUGCUCAGUGAAGUUACAAUUUCAUAAAUAAUCAUUCCUUGGUUAGAUUAAUCGGGAGGAUGUGGAAGCUACAACUGUAGCCUGAGAAUGGUGUGAAAUUGAUGGGUUCAAAUAGGUUAUAUUUAAUCAUUUACUGAAAUUUUAUUCAAACUAACAAAAAAAAAACACCUUACAUGAUGCUCAUCACAGCAUUGAAGUUUGAAGAACCAUAUAUUCAUUUUCAUAUCCAUUUUCCCACUCCUACAACAUAAAAUAGUGUCAGUUUGGUACAAAGAAUAAUGAUUUGAGUGAUUAUUGGUAAUCUUAAAAAAUGGUUAGUUUGAUAUGUGAGAAGUAAGGAAUAUCUAAGAAAAUUGAUAUUCUCCCCGUCAUUUAUAUUACAUAGUAGUUGGUCCAAUCAUUCUAAAACUGUUCAAGCUGAAUGUAAAAAAGAAGGCUAAUCAGUUUAAUGAAAUCAUCCUCAUUUAAACUGUCAAAUAUUUGCCAUAUUUCCUUGCCUCCUCCCAUUAAAAAAAAUAUGAAGAAGUGAAGGAAAUAUUUUGUUUUUAGAUUAGAAUAUCGCAAAAUUUGACAUAUCUAUUAAGGAGUGAGACACAGGUUUCAUGUGAAGUAGGUAGAUCGUUUUGCACUUGCAAUUAUUUGAUUGGGCAUUCAUGUAAAAAAGAAAGAAUAUAAAGUAGGGAUUUUCAUCAAAAGCAAGAUUGUUUUGACAUGAUGUCAUGUUAUGAUGUAUGCACUAAAUGUUUGUCAUUUAUAAAAAAAGAACACCAAGACUGUUCCAUAAAGUAUGUAGAACGUUCCUCUAUAUGUGGGACCUUACUGAAGUGAUUUGCCUCUGCUUUCUAGUUCAUAUAGCAAGCUGUUAUGCUCCCAAAUGGCUGGAGUGGAUCAUGAAGUGAACUAAUUUUGAGAAACAUGAGGAGCAGUUCAAUAAAAAGACUGAUAUUUAUUUGGAUUUACCCAUCAAAUUACUACAUCAUACAGUUAUUGUAAACAUCUUUUGAAAUAUCACGGGGAUGUUUUUAGUUAUAUUUCAAAUUCUUCAGAAUCCCAGCUUUCAUUCGAAAAGGUCAACAGUUCAAAUAUACCACUGAAACUGUGGUGUUGGGAGUCUUGUUUCUUUUUCUCUCUCUCUCCCGAAUAUUUACCUAUUGAAGUAUGAGAAUCAUCCCCCCAAAGUGAGUUUGAAAUAUUUUGUCUAGACAUAUUGGACAUAAGGUCUCUGGGGCUCUGGCGCUGUAACACAAAACAUAACUAUUAAUCGUAGAACAGACUUUUAUGAUUGAUUGCAUUGACAACAAUGUACGGUCAGUCAUGAAAAUCACAAUCAGUUAAGCUUUGUUGGACAGAACCUUGUAGCUUAGUGAUCAUGAUUGAACUUUUAUAGACUAAGAGUGAGUAACCGACAGUAAUGUCAUGCUGACAAAAUUUGUGUUUGAUUUUUAUCUUGGCGUGUGUAGUUGCUUUUAGUCAUAGAAAUUAUCAUGGGUUUGUGAGGAUAAUGUGUGAUGAAAAGAUUUUGAAUUUCAGUAACGUGAAGGGCACCGCAUGCUGUAAACUAUGGUGAACGAGUCCAAGUUCUUUAAUAUUUAUUUCGCUUGAAUCAGGGCUCCCCGUCUUGGUGUGUGAAUAAAGCUACAUGGAAAUAUUUGCGUAACUUAGGUGCUUAUUUUGAAUGAUGGUUAGAAGGUUCACAUUGAUACUAUUUUUGUCUUGAAAAUUUCAAGGAUUAUCUCCUGAUAAUCAUUCUCAUUUUUAUUGUACUGUACUCUCAUGAUGCUGGUCCGAAAUUACACCAGUGGCAUACAUGUGCUAACAUUAACACUUCAUCUCACGGAUGGUUGCUCAAUAAGGGGGCGUGUUUCCUGAGCACAUUACCAAAUGGGUUGAUGUGCUACAUACAGCAUGCUACUUGUAUUUUUUAAGUGUAACUUAUAACUCACUCAACUCAUAACUCUUCUGAAACUGCCCCUUAAUUAUGAUACCAGAAGUGAGACGGUUUUCUCUUUUUUAUGAAUUUAUUGAUAAGAGGUACUUUUGAAUUCCUCUCUUCUGAACAAUGGCAUUUCUUAUUUUCCAGGCAGUGCUAAUUAUUGAUGGUUUGAAUGAAAUUGUACAUGUAUAUUUUAGCUCCUUGACUUCCUCAUAGCCAGCAUUUGUAAUACUGUAGCAUUAUUUAUGAAGCAUGAAUUGAUUGGAUGAUAGCAUCACCCGUUUGGGGUCCACAAUGGGUCAGUAUUUAUAUUUCUUUUCAAUGUAUUGUGAAGUUAAUUGAGCUAUGCAAUGAAAUCAUCAUUUUUUAUUGCUUAUUUUGUUGUUAUUUUUUAUUGAUAAUUUGUGGAAUGUUUUGAUAUACCUGCUUUUUAUAUUAACCACUUUCUAUCUCUUUGUCUCUAUCUUUUUCCUUUUCUCCCUUAUCUUGCAAAUUCGAAUUGCUUAAAUUAUUUUUGUUUUUAUAUUAGGUAACUAUGAAUAGCACCCAUUGAUUUUUGGUUUGAUUGUAUAUAUCUUGCUCAAGUUUUGUUUCAUUCUAUCACUAUAUCAAUAUCCUUUUUUUCUGUCUUGUGCUUUUAGUUCAAGACUGAAUUAUCAGAAUUUCUCUUAGUAUACCUGUUGUUUGAAAUGUCUAUUUAUUAGAUGUUAGAUAAUCAAGAGUUAAAUUAACUCCAUGAUAAUGGCUGUACAAUAUGCCCUGUGCUCAAAAACUAUAUCCUCGUCUUAUGACUUUUAUAUUAGAUCAUAAUCACAACGUCUAUAAAAAAAUGUAUUUGAACAUUGACAUGUAUGAGGCAAGUAUGAAGAACACAUAAAGAUUCCGAUAUCACUUUAAUUUGUAAUACUAAAACUAUUGUAACCUUUUGCACCAAACUGCCAUGAAAAAGAUAAUUUUAGAGAUAGAUAAACCUUUAUUGGAGGAAAAUGUUAAAAGCAUUGAAAGUGGGAUGAAUUAAGACUUAAUCAGUGAAUAUUUGUUUCUUUCAUUUCACAUCUUACAUUAUGCAUAGAGCUAUUAAUAAUUAAUAGCUCUAUGCAUUAUGUAUGAAUAGUAUUUUUUAUGUUGUAAUUAAUUAUACCAUAAAUACAUAACUCUUUGAAAUCAUGAUUGUAGUUUAUUGUCAUGCAAUUGGAAUUUAGGAAACAUGCCAAGCUAUCAAUAUUUCAUGUAAAAUCCUUUUCUGAUUGUGAUUAUAAAUGUGAAAUGAUUGUCUGGUGGUUGUACCGUGGUCUAUUGUAAAUCAUUGAAAACAUCAGACUAGUCUUGUCUGUGAGUGUUAAAGAAGAAUGUAUGUUUUGUAUUUAUUAAUGUUUUGAU